AGUUGUGCGUGGCCCGUGCGUUAAAGCCCGAUAAGGUCCCCAUGCUCGCCCGUAUCGGACCGGCGUAUGUCAUAGUUCUUCACAUUCGCUUCGAUUUGCCCAGUCGGUGCGCUAUGGGCUUGCAUCUCUCGUGUUUCUUGCCUCUCCAGCGCCUCUUCUUCGCAUAGAUCAUCUGCGUCGGUAUCUCUACUGCAUCUUCGGGUGGAGGGCCCUCCUCACAAUGUUUCAGUCAUUCACCGGAAGCUCUCGCCGUCCGAGGCAGGUCAACCUCAGCGGCCGCGCCAAUAAUCCGUUCGCUGCCUUCCCAGGAGGCUCACCUGGCCGAAAUACCCCUCAUGCUUCGAACCCACAAAGUGCUGUCGCGAUCGCACAACAAGAACGCCUUCAGAGACAGCGAGAUCGUGAGAAACAGAAUGCCGUCCGGGUGGUCCAGCGAGGGUGGCGGGGCUAUCGCAGUAGGAAAGCUACAUAUGGCAUGUGGAGGAUGGAGUGGGAUAACAAUGAAAGGAAUAUGUCCGGGGCCACGGACUUGAUGGCGGCCAUCGAAGGCUCUGCAGAUGCUUCAUUCUUCGCCUCACACCCUCCCCCGCCAUAUGCAACCGCUGCCCAGUGCCUCACCCAACUCCGCCUGCUUGUUCAAUUUGUCUCAGCACGAAGGCAUGAUGACCUUCUUCGGCUGGUGUACUUUGUUGGUGCCUUUGAGCAAACAUUUCUGACGCUUCACACGAUCGCAGUAGAGGGCGAAUGGACCAAGCUUCUAAAACGGCUUGCCAAAUCAGUUCUUAAUGUACUGCACUCGGCUGCAAACACUUCCAUCCCUACCGCCGCCAUAGAGAUACUUUUACGAGCAAUGAUGUUCCUCACAGGGUUGAUGCCAAAGCAGAUGGCAACACUCGCAGAGACGUACUACGGUACCAUGGCAUAUUUAACCAUUAAUAUGUCGAGUCUCCACCGAUCUGAAGAGACCAGGGGAACAGAUCAACCAUAUGUUCAUCCCGAGCUUCUCCAGGAAGCUGUACUUGCUCUUCUCCGACCGAUCACCUCUGAGACCAUGUCUGCGUACGAAUCUUUCGCAGUUUCUUAUCUCACAAUUCCGAGUCUCGAGAGCUACCUGGGCAAGAUGGAUGGACUCGCAGGACAGAUAAAUUACAGAAUGCUGGCACUGGCGAUCUCAGCACGCUUGGGAUCUACCACUCAAGGCACUGGGAUCCUAGAAGACAUCCAGGCGCGCACUUGGUUGCUCUCAUAUUUGAUAUACUUCCAACAACACACGUCUGGCACUCAAAACAGUUCACAUACCCCGGAGCUGGAGUUUGUGAUAGUGGUCUCUGAUCUUUUGACUUCAACGGCUACCUUCCUCGUACAGGGCUUUGAGGUCGAGGACUCGACAGAGAUGGAUUCACCUCGAGGUGUGCGGCCUUUGCAACCCUUUAUCAAGGAUCAAAUCAAUAGCCUUAUCAACCAAAGUAGUGUUACUGGUCUGCUUUCCCGUAUCCGAUCAUCCCCCCUGGCACAGACAGAGUCGACCAGCGAAGACUCUGAGGCAUCGAAAGAAGCCAGAGUCCUUGCAAAAUACGCCCUGAAUCUACUGCGGAUCUUCCCCCGACGAGGCGAUGAUAUCCGCAUGUGGUUGUAUCUAGGCUCGGCCCCAUCUGGCGAACAGAUUUCUGGCCAACCAGACGCGAAGAUACCGGCUAUCAAAUACUUCUGGCAGGCGACUAGGUCCAGUCGCAUCUUCCAGGUCAUCAGCAGUGACUCCAUGAAGGUGCUUCCACUAUUACUGUCGCCCCAGCAAUCGAAGGAAGCCACGGAAAUACCCCAAGAUCAGCGCGAUCAAGAGUGGACAACAAUACUCCUAUUCCUUGAGCUGUAUACUUUUGUUCUGAAGGUCAUGGAUGAUGAUGAGUUCUUCUCUAGCACGUCGUCCUUUACGUCCUCGGACAAUGCCAAGCUUUCGUGGACCAGGGAAAGCGCAUUACCACUGCGUGACAUCAAAGAUAUGACAGUGUUCUUGAAGAACCUUGCAUUCACACUUUAUUGGAAUGCGGUUGACCUGAAUGAGCCAGAAAUUGGACCGACGGGGGUGAGUUUGAGCAGUUAUUUCAACAGUACUACACAGAAAUCCGGUUUCUCAGAGCUGGUACCAAGCACGAAGGACAUCGAAUCCAAAUCACAAAGCAACAAUCUUCCUGGGGUGACCGGAAUCCCACUGGAUUACUUCAAGGGCCUUGUAACGGGCCUCUUGCGAAUGUUGCAUGAACGAGAUUCACGUCGAAAGUUCCUACCCAAGGAUCACUGGCUCAUGACUAGCCGCUUCGACAUGGAAGGUUUCAUUUCUGCCGUUGUCGGAGAGGAGGAGAGACGAUAUGAGUUCCAAGCCCGAGCCGAUGACUCAGGUGAGCCUGACUUGGCGGAUGACGAUGCGAACACGCCAUCUGGCCUGGCAGGGACCGGUCACGCUCAGCAGACCAUCCGCCUUGAGUCCUUGCGGCGUCAUCAACAGCGAGUUGCUCGAGGAAGGGUACUGGCGGCCAUUGCACCUAGACUGGAGAUUCUUCGAAACAUGCCAUUUUUCAUACCUUUCGCCACUCGGGUCCAGAUCUUCCGCGAAUUCAUCUUCCAUGAUCAGCACCGCCGACGACAUGGAUUCGUUGAUCCUGACUCCUGGCGUGCAUCUGUUGCUCAAGCCACCAUGGGUCAGAUGAUCAAUGGCCAUCCUGCUGUCCAAGAUGUGCUGGCUCGCCACCAGGCCGAAAUUCGACGUGAAAAUGUUUUUGAUGAUGCCCUUGCUCAAUUCUACCCUCUAGGGGAUGGUCUCAAGGAACCUAUACAGAUCAGUUUCAUUGAUCAAUUUGGCGCCAUGGAGGCUGGCAUCGAUGGCGGUGGAGUGACCAAGGAAUUUCUCACUAGCAUUACCAGCGAAGCAUUCAAGACCGACGAGGACUUCAGUAUGUUUGUGGAGAACGAUCAGCAUCUGCUCUACCCAAAUCCCACAGCGGUCGAGCAAUGCAAGGAACACCUGCGCGAGACCGGAGUAAGCGAGUCUAGUCUUAAAUGGUCCGAGUCAAUUCGUGAUCUUCUGCGUCGAUAUGAAUUCCUCGGCCGGGUCAUUGGCAAAUGUCUUUACGAGGGAAUUUUGGUUGAUGUCAACUUUGCACCAUUUUUCCUGCUGAAGUGGGCCUUGACUGGUGGCACUGGAUCGGCUAUGAAGGAAUCUUCUUACCGAGCCAACCUAAACGACCUGAAGGACCUCGAUCAGGGAUUGUACCAAGGCCUGCUUCAACUGAAGAAUUACCCCGGCGACGUGGAGGACUUCUCUCUGGACUUCACCGUCACUGAUACUAUCCCUAUGCCCGGAUCGUCAAACCGUACUAUGACGAGAGAGUUGCGAUACAAUGGCUCCAAGACGCCGGUGACGAAUCAGAAUCGACUCGUCUACAUCUCGUAUAUUGCGCGGUAUCGAUUGCAGGUGCAGCCCUCCAUGCAGACCAACGCUUUCCUGCAGGGCCUUGGUCAAAUCAUUCAGCCCGCUUGGCUAUCCAUGUUCAACCAGUCUGAAUUGCAGACACUGGUUAGUGGCGAGACCGGCGAUAUCGAUGUCGAGGAUCUUCGGCGCAACACCCAGUAUGGUGGCGUGUAUACCAUUGGCGACGACAACCAAGAACACCCCACGGUGCAGCUGUUCUGGAAAGUGAUGCAUGAGCUGAACAACGAAGAGCGACAGAAGGUGAUCCGAUUUGUAACCUCAACACCACGUGCUCCACUGCUUGGAUUUAGCCAUCUCAAUCCGCGUUUCAGUAUCCGAGAUUCCAGCGAGGACCAGGAACGACUUCCCAGUACGAGCACUUGUGUCAACCUACUGAAGCUGCCCCGCUAUGCCGAUGCUGAGACGCUGCGAAGCAAGCUACUGUAUGCAGUGAGCUCCGGGGCUGGAUUUGAUUUAAGUUGAUGGUAUUCAUUCACGCUCCUCCAUGUCCAACAUCGACUUUAGUGUUCCUUUGUCUCUUUUCUUUAACUUUUUGUAUGUACACAGUUCUCAACUGCCUGUGAUUCGUGUAUGCAUAGCAUUGGCGUUGAGCAAAUGACAGGCUAUUCACUGGUAUUGGCUGUUAGCUGGUAUUCUUGGCUGUUAGAAGCUGUAGUGUGAGAAGUAGCUCCUCGCAGUUCGGGUACUCGGUCUAAUUACGUCUGCCUCGUGGGCAGCCCUGGAUGGUUGGAAGCCUAAAUAUCGCCCCCGGCAGCUUCCGUUCAUGUCCCUAGUCUCUCCAGGGUAACAUCAAAGGUAGUUUCCUCUUAUUUCUG